AUGGCAGCAACCAACCCGGUUGGUGAUGGUGCUUCCAUGGACUCCUCAUCAACAGCGCAGAGUGGCGUUCUCACUCUUAGGAAUAUUGCUAGCGGCGCAGCUCUCGCUGUCGUCAGUGGUGCUCUUGCCUAUAGUAUAGCUCUCAAGAGAGGUAAUUCUGCGGACUCUACAGCGCACCGAGAGGCCAAGCUCGGCCCACCUGUACCGCGGCAGUCGCAUGAAGAUCCUGAGGUCCUAAAGGCCUUGGCAGCUACACGAACGAGCCACAUGAAAGCUUACGAUGGUGCUACUGCUGCUUCCUAUGUGGCAUAUCAUUUGUCCGACUCCGUCUUCAUCUACCCCAUCACUCCCUCCACUCCUCUCGGCGAGAAUUGCGAUCAGUGGUCCGCGGCUGGUGAGAUUAAUGCUUACGGUCAAGUUACUGUAGUAAAGCAGAUGCAGAGUGAAGCGGGUGUUGCAGGCGCUUUGCAUGGCUCUUUGGCAGCAGGUGGUCUGUCCUCCACCUUCACUGCCUCCCAGGGUCUUCUCUUGAUGAUACCCAACAUGUACAAGAUCGCUGGUGAGCUCCUUCCUUGUGUAUUUCAUGUGCCGGCAAGAGCGAUAGCUGGCCAGGCUCUCUCCAUCUUUGGCGACCAUUCCGAUAUCAUGGCUGUUCGCCAGACCGGUUGGGCUAUCCUCUGUGCUAGUACCGUGCAGGAGUGCAUGGACAUGUCGUUAGCGGCUCACAUUGCUACGCUCAAGUCUAGGGUUCCGUUCGUUCACUUUUUUGACGGAUUCCGUACUUCCCAUGAAAUUCAGAAGAUCAACGACAUGACUACUGAGCAAAUGGAGUUGGUCGCGAAGAUAAUGACUAAGGAGAUUGAUGCUCACAGGGAGCGGGCGCUCAACCCCAACCACCCAACGGUGCGAGGCACUGCUCAGUCGCCUGACAUUUACUUCCAGAAUGUCGAAGCGGCUAAUCCUUACUACAACGCUGUUCCAGAGCACGUCCUGAACUCUCUCGAGAUGGUGGAAGCUGUUACUGGUCGCCAUUACGAUCUCUUCGACUAUGAGGGAGAUCCAGAGGCUACACACGUGUUCGUGAUCAUGGGAGCUGGUGGUUGUACUGUGUCGGAAACUAUAGCUUACCUGAAGACCCACGAGCCUCGGUAUAAGCUGGGUUUGCUUCGUGUAAGGCUACUGAGACCUUGGUCUGUCUCUCACUUCCUAGCGGCUCUUCCCGCUACUGUUAAACGCAUUUGCGUAUUUGACCAUUGUAAAGAAUCUGGGGCUAUCGGCGAGCCUCUGUAUGUCGACGUCUGUGCAAGCAUUCAGAAGUCCAAGAGGUCCGAUAUUCUCGUCAUUGGUGGUCGUUUCGGUCUCGCCUCCAAGAAUUUUUCACCCGGCCAGGUUUAUGCCGCUGUUCAGAACCUCGUUGAUACGAAGGUUCCGAAGUCUCCCUUCACCGUUGGCAUCGACGAUGAUGUCACUAACUUGUCUCUAGCUGUUCCUUAUGAAAUUGAUGUGGCUAACCCCGCCACUACCCAGUGUAUGUUCUGGGGUUUUGGUUCUGAUGGUACUGUAGGAGCCAAUAAGAAUGCUAUCAAGAUCAUAGCUGAUAACACUGAUCUCUACGCACAGGGUUUCUUUCUGUAUGAUGCUUUGAAGUCUGGUGGUGUUACGUUGUCUCACUUGAGGUUCGGUCCUCUGCCGAUCGACUCACCCUACGAGAUCACGAGUGGUUGCGAGUAUGUGGCGGUUCACAAGAAGGAGUAUGUUAACACCUUUGAUGCCUCGUUAAUCUUGGGCGCCAGCAAGUGUGGAAGUAUUAUCGUCCUCAAUGCUCCUUGGUUGACUCUGGACGAUAUGGAGGCUAAUUUGCCACCAAAGUUCAAGCGUCUAGUGGCUGACAAGCGGCUGAAGUUAUAUGUCAUCGAUGCCAACAAGGUUGCUAAAGAGUCCGGCAUGGGUCGCUUGAUCAACAACAUCAUGCAAGCUGUGUUCUUCCGUCUUUCUGGUGCUCUUCCGUAUGAGCAGGCGAUGCCGCUCUUUGAGCAUGCCAUAGAGAAGACCUACAAGAACAAGGGUGCUGACGUUGUGAGGAAGAACCUGUUGGCUGUCAGUAACGCCAUCGACAAUCUUAACGAGAUUGAUGUUCCUUACACCAAGUGGGCUAAGUGUGAAAUGAAGGAUCACGAAGUCCUCCGUACUGGUGAGGAACCAUCCUUCGUCCGCAGCGUGCUGGAUAAGAUCCAUAUGAGACUCGGUGAUAGUUUGUCGGUCUCGGCAUUCGCCCCUGGGGGAGUUGUGCCACUCGGUAUGACCCAAUGGGCGAAGCGGGGCGUGGCUCAGGCGAUCCCCGUCGUUGAUGUGGAUAAGUGCACCCAGUGCAAUAAAUGCUCGGCUAUCUGUCCUCAUGGUGUCAUCAGACCGUUCUUGGCAUCCCCUCAGGAGCUUGCAUCAGAGAAGACUCCUUUGACGUUUGUCACCAAGCCGGCCACUGGUGGUAACGAAGCGUCUGGGUUAGCCUUCCGCAUUCAGGCAUCCCCCCUAGACUGUACUGGAUGUGAAGUCUGCGUGAACGCCUGCCCUGACAACGCUUUGACUAUGAAGCCUCUACCUGAUGCCAUUGCGGAAGGUCAUAAGGACAACUGGGACUUCGCGAUGACUCUGGAGAAUCGAGGAGAUCGUUUCGAUGCUCAUACGUUGAGGGGGUCGCAGUUCCAACAACCUCUAUUGGAGUUCUCUGGGGCCUGUGCAGGGUGUGGGGAGACCCCGUACGCCAAGCUAUUGACCCAGAUGUUCGGCAAGCGCAUGCUCAUUGCUAAUGCUACUGGCUGCAGCUCUAUAUGGGGAGCAACUGCUGGGUGGGUCCCGUACACUGUCGACAAAAAGACUGGCAAGGGACCGGCUUGGGGCAACUCUCUGUUCGAGGACAACGCCGAGUACGGCAUGGGUAUAGCGGUGGCUCAGCAGCAUAGGCGAGAGCAGUUGAGACUCAGGGUGCAGGAAGCAUUAACUGAUGAGAGCAUUGUCAAGGGAGAGCUGAGGUUGGUUAUGAACCAGUGGUAUGAGAACUUCGACGAUGCUGAGGCAUCGUCUCGAUUCGGUGAGAGGGUCGUGGAGCUACUGAACCGCGCCGCUGAAGAGAAGCCACUUCCUGAGUGUCUCGAUGCAUGCCGGCGACUAUCUGAUAUGUUUGUCAAGAGCUCUGUAUGGAUUAUGGGUGGUGAUGGUUGGGCUAACGAUAUCGGAUACGGGGGAAUUGACCACGUCCUGGCACUCAAUGAGAAUGUUAACAUAGUUGUGAUGGAUACUGAGGUCUACUCGAACACUGGUGGGCAAGGGUCGAAGGCAACGCCUAUGGGAGCUGUGGCGAAGUUCAUGCGGAAUGGUAGGGACUUGCAGAAAAAGGAUAUCGGGCAUUUGGCUAUGUCAUACCCGAACGUCUAUGUUGCUUCGUGUUCGAUGGGUGCCAACUACUCCCAGACUGUUAGGGCUUUCCACGAAGCUGAGAAGCAUGUGGGUCCGUCGUUGGUUCUAUGUUACUCUCCUUGCAUCGAGCAUCGCAUCAAGGGCGGCAUGACUCAUAUGUCACAGGAUCAGAAGGCUGCUGCGGAGUCUGGUUACUAUCCUUUGUACCGCUACGACCCUACUCUGAUCGAGCAGGGUAAGAAUCCCUUCCAGCUCGACUGCAAGAAUAUCAAGCCCGAGGCCUUGGACCCCUUCCUGAGGAAUCAAAACCGCUACGAGCAGUUGGUGAGGCGUAUGCCUGAGCAUGCCGCAGAGCUCCAACGAGGUCUCAAGAAGUACAUCACGGAACGCCAUCAGCAGCUAUUAGCAGCAUCUGCGGAAGUUGUUCAUGCCGCGGAUGAUCUUAGUGCUGGUCUCGGCGCUGGAGUGCGGGUAUAUUAUGCUUCGGAUACUGGUACAACUGAGCAACUGGCUAAGAGACUCUCUGGUAUUCUGAAGCGCCGUGGUGUCGUAGUCAAGGCUUGUGCGAGCAUGGACGAGCUCAAUCUCGCAGACUCGGCUGACAGUGACGAUCUUCUGGUUCUUAUGACUUCGACUUGUGGUGAUGGUGAUAUGCCUUCUGCGGCGACUGCUCUUUGGGAGGAUAUGCUGCAAAUGGAUGGUUCCCAGAAGCUUGCAGGUCGCUUCUGCGUGUUCGGCCUCGGGGAUAGCUCUUACGAUAAAUUUUGUGCAGCUGCGGUGAAACUUGAAGCAAGGGUGGCUGAACUCGGCAUGAGCUCCGUCAUUCCGUUGGCGAAGGGAGAUGAUCGUGCCGAAGAUGGAUGGGCUACUGCCUUCGAUGAAUGGCUGCCGAAGUUGUGUGAAGAGGUUGGUGCGAAGCCUGAAGACGAGGAGGAACCUGAGGCGCUCUUCGAGGUUACGUCCUUACCUGUCACUGCUGCUGACAAGAGCCUUCCCUACCAGCGCAUUGUGCCUCCAGGAUCUCAGGCCGUACCGGUUCUAGAGAACAGACGCUUGACUCCGGAAUCGUAUGAGAGGGAUAUCCGUCACAUCGCUCUGGACAUCUCGGCUGCUGAUUUGCCCUUCCGUCUCGGUGAUGCCAUUACCCUUUACCCGAAGAACUUGGAGUCGGACGUCGACCUACUGUUCAACGAAAUCGUCACUCAUCUCGAUCGCAACGAGAUCCUCUCUGUUAAGUGUCUGUCCGAUGACGUUCCUGCCAGGCUCAGGUCGGCUUUUAAGUCACGAAUUCCUAUGAAGCAAAUCUUCGUAGAGUUGUUGGAUAUCUUCGGCAAGCCUACUAGGAGUUUCUAUCGCCAGCUGGCUCGUAUUAGCAAGAGCGAUGAGGAGGUUCAGGUUCUCAACUCUAUCGCGAACUCGGACGAUAGUUUCAAGGAACUAUUGGGCAGGAGUGUGUCCUAUGCGGAUGUGCUUCGCAGAUUCCCGAAGUCAACUGAGUCGAUGACACUGGUUAACUUCCUUGAGAUCAUCCCUUUGUUGAAGCCUCGACUUUACUCUAUAGCCAACAGCUCUUUCUACACUCCGAACAAGGUCGAGCUGACUGUUGUUAUCAACCGGUGGCAGAAUUCCGAGGGUGAUCUCAAGACGGGCACAUGUACACGCUACCUAGGGUUCAGCAACGACAAGACCAUGUGCGUUUCCGUUGCUAGUGGUACAUUUACUUUCCCUGAGGACGAACGUACACCGAUGGUCAUGGCAGGGCUUGGUACUGGUAUCGCUCCUAUGCGAGCCUUCGUCCAGGAUCGCAUGUACAAGAAGCAGGUCCUUGGGAUCGAAACUGGCCCGAUGGUGGUAUUCUAUGGCUGCCGUCACGAGAAGGAAGAAUUCCUCUAUCGCGAGGAAUGGAAGAAGUUUGAGGAAGCUGGUGUGCUAACAAAGAUGGUCAAUGCGUUCUCGCAUGAUCAAGAUCAUAUGAUAUUCGUGCAGCACAAGAUUGCUGAGAAUCCCGAGCUUAUCUACAAGUACAUGUGCGAGCAAGAGGGGUACUUCUACUUCUGUGGCCCUGCCAUUGCAGUCGCUGAUGUCGAGUCUGCCGUGAAAGGUGCUGUAGAGGAGGUCGGUAAGAAGUCGAAGGAUUCGGUCGAGAAAUGGUUUGACGAGGAUAUCAAGGCUAAGAAACGCUACUCUACUGAAGCUUAUUAA